AUGAUGGAGAAGCGUACAGUGAGUCCCCCAGCGGGGUACGACGUGAAAGCUGUUGGAGAGGUUGUGGUCAAAUGCAUUCCACCGCCUGCAGUCGAAGCAUCUCUCCCCUCUGCAAUGUUCGCAGCUCCUGGAGAACAGGACAGUGAUGACAUUAAAGACCUCUACAUUGCAGCUUCCAGCGAGGCAGAGAACACAGAAACAGAAAACUUUCUCACAGUGAAUGACGCCGAUCACACUGCCCCCACAGCCACACCUCAAGCCGGGACUACCGCCGAAGAGGCUCCCAACACUGGUGCCGGCACGCCCAACUCUGUGGGAGAGGGCGUUGCAGCCAACGCGUUACCUGCGCCCAACGGCAUCCUGCCGAGUGACGUGAAGCUUCCUGACCGCAACACCGACGCCAGCAGCAGCACUGCGUGGGUACGUGCCCCACUGUUGUUGCUUCUUGGGACACUAAGCAGCGUAGCUGUAUGGUAG